AUGGACUACGCAAGCCUUCGGGCCGCCGCGCUUCGCAACGGCGAGGAUGAGGAGGCCGUCACAGUCGACACCCGUGCUCUGAUAGACAAGGUCCUCGCCAGAUACUCCGGCGAGUGGACAACGCUGCGGGAGCUCAUCCAGAACGCUGCCGAUGCUCAGGCCACGACCGUCACCGUCAAGUGGGAGACGAUCCCGUCGAUACACGUGCCCCUGCCCAAUACGACGAGUCGGUCCGAGCUGCUGAAGCAUGCCAUAUCAAACCACACCCUCCGCCGCCUCGUGGUGCAAAACGAUGGACAGCCCUUUACAAAGACCGACUGGGGCCGGCUCAAGAGGAUCGCCGAGGGUAACCCGGACGAGACCAAGAUCGGUGCCUUUGGCGUCGGCUUCUACAGCGUCUUCGCAGACUGCGAGGAACCCUUUGUCAGUUCCGGUAGCGAAGCCAUGGCAUUUUAUUGGAAGGGCAACUCUCUCUUUACCAAGAAAUCACAUCUCCCUCAAGACAAGGCUUCCCGCCAUACUGCUUUCGUGCUGGACUAUCGGAACGCGACGACUCCGCUGCCGAACCUGCUCUCUGUGAGCCAGUUCCUAGCGACGAGCCUGACCUUUGUGGCGCUGCAGCAUGUCGAGUUCUGGAUCGACGAUUAUAAAAUCCUGUCACUCCGCAAGAUGUCUUCUCCAAGCGCCGAGCUUCCUUUGCCCAGAGAUCUCGAGGCACGGACAAAGGAGGGCCUCAUGAGAGUGGUUGGCGUCGACCGCACCAGCACGCAGAUUGACGCGUCGUACAUGAGCGUCAUUGGCUGGAAGCCGCUGGUGAACUCAUCAUCGGCCAUCAAGAACUCCGACGCCUACCCCUCUACAGAGACUCCGUCCUUGAGGUCCUUUUUCGCUCGGCUUACCUCGAGCACAACCCAGAGCGGUUCCAGGUCAAAGAGUCACAGCGAGGACAGCGUCGUGCAGCCCAAGAUAGCGGAAGACGUUACCAAGCUCAACUCUUCCGCCAUCUUCCUCCGAACCACCUCCGCAAGCAUCAAGACAAACGUGACGGCUUCCUUUGCCUCCGAGCUCGAACGAGCGACGAAGAAGCCUCCGCCCAAGACUACAAAGCUCGCUAUCCUUACGGCAUCCUUCGAUGAGACUCAGGCUUCCGAAACGUCUGUCACCGACGGCGCCUUUACCAAGGCUACAGAUGUCUUUGCUUCGGUGUUACCGAGCAGGAAACCGGGAGGCCGCAUCUUCAUUGGUUUCCCCACCAUGCAAACAACGGGCGCCGGGAUGCAUGUCUCGGCGCCGUCUGUCAUUCCGACCGUUGAGCGUGAAGCCAUCGACUUGAACGCGAGAUGGGUCCGGACGUGGAACGUGGAGCUGCUGCGAGCUGCUGGGAUUAUUACCAGGCUUGCCUUUGCCAAUGAGAUGGACGACCUGGACAAGAGGCUACGCAGCUUUGCCGCACCCGGCGGUAAGGUGUCUAGUGAAAACGUCGCUAAAUUCAUGCCUGAAGCACUCCACACCCUAAAGACGUUUACUUUCGGCGACUCCACCCCCAGCGGACAAGUUGGGCAGAUCAUGGAGGAGGCGUUCUGGACAUGCUUCAAAAAGGCAUCCAUCGAGAUGUACUCGAGCCGAGGCGUGUUGCCCACGACUCAAGUCCGCCUCGGAUCUGACGAUCUGAGCUCCUUCGUCGACAACAUUCCAGUCGUUCCCGAGGAACUGAAGGCGUCUUCUUUUGUCACAAAGCUGACAGAGUUCGGCCUCAUCUCUCAUAUCACCGUCACCGACGUGAAGCAGGAGCUCGAAGCCAAGGCUCUCACCAAGGCGCAGGCCAUCAACUUCAUCGGAUGGGCAGGGAAGAAGAGCUUGAGCGGAGAGCUCGAUCCUGGGAGCCGCUCAGCCUUGCUGGAAGUUGCUGUUGCUACGAUCAGCAAUGAAAGCGACCAAGGGGAAGUGAUUGCUCUCGGGAGCAUACAGAACUUUCAAAACGUCCACAGGAUACCCGCGCAUUUGCCGAUGCCGCCGACGACAAUCCCGUUUGCGCUCACAGCCAAUUCUCACGUUGCCGAGCUGCAGGCUUUGGGCUGGGAGGCCUUAGAAGUACUUCCUUGGCUGAGAUUCUUGAUCGAAACAUCGCGAUUGAGGCCGGAAGAAGAGAGCAUCACGAGAUCACCGAAAUUCGCGGUCCAAGCACUGACAGUACUCUCCAAAAACUGGGAUCUCAUCACUAGCAGAGACAGGGAGGCAGUUGCACGCCUGAUCAAGGAUCAUCCGGUCAUGCCAACCAAGUUGGGAAUGAGGCAGCCGGCCGAGUCCUUCUUCCCGUCGGUCAAGCUUUUCGAUGAUCUUCCGGUCAUACAGGGCUGCGAAAAGGUCAAAGAGAAGUUCCUCGCAGCUGUGGGGGUUCGCAAGACGGUUGACCUCGACACAAUAUUCACCCGACUGCUGAGUGCAUCCGGCGAGAGCGGCGAGAAGAAAUGGAGUCAUAUGGAGCUGAUCAAAUACCUCACCUCGGUUCAGAACGACAUCCCAUCCGAUGAUCUCAAGAAGCUGAGGGACUCCAAGAUCUGCCCUGCCGAAGCAGGUCCAAAGGGGAUGGAGCCAACCAAGGGCACACAGACCCUGUAUAGGAUCUCGGAGCUAUACGAGCCCAAGGACUCGCUUCGAACCCUGGGGCUACCCAUCUUGCAGUGGCCCGGUCCCCCGGGCAGCUUCCGGUCCGGCAGUCCAGAGGCUCGAUUUCUUUCGCGCUUAGGUCUCCGAACGUUUCCGUCAGUCCCGGAGCUCGUGGACAUGAUGGCGUCCAAAGACGAGGCUCUGCGCGCCUCGGCAAUGACUUAUUUCAUCGCUAACCACCAUUCUAACCACUAUUCCUCGUUUGACCUCAGCGUCACCCAGAAAGCCAUACUUCCUCUACAGGGAAGCUCGCAGCUUGUGACGCCGUCGGCUUGUUUCACCAAUGAGAGAGCAGCUGUUCUUGGAUUCGACAUUCUCCGCAGGGGCCUCCAUGACCAUGCCAACAAAUUCGGCAUCGCGAGAGAUCCGCCGAUGGUUGAGUGUGUCAACCGGUUGCUAGCCAACCCUCCCAAGGAUCAUCGUGCUGCCACCACCCUGUUCGGGUAUUUUGCCUCCCGAAUCAGCGAAGUCCGCGACAACAGCCUGGUCAAGCUCAGAUCUGCUCUCAUCGUGCCCGUGACUCGGACAAGGGGUGUUCGGACGGCGGAAAAGACGGGCAGUGGCCUGUCAUACAUCAGUCCCUUGCACACAUACUUGGGUAAAUCCGCGACCUAUGGUGAGAUUUUCGAUUUUGUCGACUUUGGUCAAGAAGCAAACGCCUUCCUCUUCCAUUGCGGGGCGAAAAGCGAGCCAACGAAACUGGAAGUGGCGCACAUGGUGUGUAGCGAGCCAGCGCGGAUGCUCGACGUCUUGCAGAGCGCCGAAAAGUAUCUCGAUCUGCUCAAGUCCCUCGCAGAAUUCGCACCCGUUCUUCAACGAGACCGGGAUUUGUGGAGAAGAAUGAAGACUUCCCCGUGCCUGCUCGCUUACAAGGAACUUGCGGCUAGUACCAAGGGAAACCUGAUCGACUUGGAUGAGGAAGAGGAAGCCCCCAUCAAGCAGUACCAGCUUGCGUCGGCUAGCCAGAUUGUGGUGCUGGACGACAUUAUCAGCUAUCGUCUGUUCAAGGAGCACUUGAUUUGUGCGCCAGAGGAGGAUGCUUUGGAGACAUUCUACCUCCAGCUCGGCGCUCAGAAACUGAGCAGCCUGGUCCAGGAAGAUGUACGGAUCGGCAACCACACGGAUAACCAGAAGAGUGCGGAGAAAUUGCGAAAGCACGUGCUUGAAAGGUCCAAAAUCUUCCUCUACGAGUACGCCAACUAUCGCCGUGAUGGCAUCAAGCAUGAUACCAAGUGGUUGGAAAAGAACCUUCGCGUCGAAAUGGUCCGGUCGGUAGCACUCCGUCGCAGCCUCAAGGACCACCGUCAGUCGCAUACGGAGAAGCGGUCAGCCGCAGGAGCACAAGAACAGGGGUCUUGGGUUCUGUUUGUAGCCGACGAGGGCCGGCCGGACAUGUACCAGGUUGGUCAGGCCAUCUGCCAGAUGCUACUCAACCGACCAAACCAGCAGGCCUAUCUGUUCUUCGAGCCCUUUCUCACUUUGGACCUGUUGGGUCUCCGCGCCCGUGGGUACAACGUGGAUCGCAUCCUGCGGGCCAAGGCCGCCGAGGCUCGGCUUGCCGAGGAACAGAGGCGGAAGGCGCUGGAAGAAGAGCAAAGGAUGAUCCAAGAACGGGAGCAAACCUGGACGCAGCAAGGAAAGACGGCGGAGCCUCCGAGAGCAGCCGAAGCUGCCCGUGAGGUGGCAAGAGCGCCGGAGCAGCCAGUCAUGCCUGGUGGAUGGGGUUCAUCGGACGAGUUUGCCACGGACGGUUCGAAUAACGCGAAGAAGGGCGGGGGUCUUUUCUCUAACCUGACCCGAAGAUUGGGCCUCGAUAACUACCAGAUGCAGCAGGACGAAGGGCGGAAGAUGCCUGAGCAAUCCAUCGAUAAACCUGCACCGAGUGGCCCGUCGUCCCAAGGGCAGCAAGCCGGCACUGGCAAGCGUCCCCAUGACCCCGACGGCAGGGUGACUAGCCCCGCGGUUGUGCAGCAGAAUUUGCUGAACGCCAUCAAUGCGACUCGUGCUCAUGGGUCAAACGGCGUCUUUUCGCAGCCAACAGUCAGCGAAGUGAAGGAGCAGGCGACUUACUGCGACCAGACAACGGCAACCAACAUCCUUUUUGCCGCCGAGGCUUCCAACGGCACCAAGGUGUACGUUGCCAAGGACUUGGGGGGCGAUCAGGCUCAGUUCCUGUCGGCGAACAUUGGGGCCAUUAACACGUUUGCCGCCUUGCUAGUCGAAGUCGGCAACAUCUACUCACUGGCGCCCCGAGUCAUUCACAUAUUUUACGACGAGGCCGGAGGAACCAUUGCCUUCAACACAGGAGGCAGCAUCUUUUGCAACCUGAGAUUCUUUCUCCAGCUGCACAUGGCGCAGAUGAACGGCCGGAGUCCAGGGGCCGCGAAGGCCGAGGCAGCGACUUGGUGGUGGGUCGUCCUUGCUCACGAGCUGGCUCACAAUCUGGUUACGCCACACAACUCGGAACAUAGCUAUUACACUGAGUCCUUUAUCCAACAGUACAUGGGCAAAAUGAUCGCCAGGACGAUGGCGUGGUCGCAGGACGGGGCUGCGACAUCUCGACAUUCGCUACCGCCGCCGCCGUCCUCGUCCACGUCUCGGGGCGCCCAGAACGACGCCCCGCCUCCACCGUACAGCAUGAACACCAACAAGCGAGACAACAUGUUUGGUUAG